CUAGCGCCGCUAUCAGUCGUUUCUGAUUGGUUCGUAUUUGACCCUUGCGGCCAAUCAAUGCUUUUGUUUACAUGGUUCGUAGUUCGCACUCGCGGCCAAUCAAUGCUUUUGUUUACAAGCUUUUACUUCCGGGAGAACGGAAAGACGCUCUCGUUUACAAAUGAGAGACAUCAGUUCGAUUUUUCUCUCCUCAAGACCAUAGUUUGGAGAUCAACACGUCCAAAUAGCCACAGUUCUUUUUAUUUAUUUUGUAUCUCACGAUGGUGUACUUGGUGGCGAACGCGACAAGGUCGUCCGCGUCUUUACGCAAGUUGUGGGUGGCGUCGCGGGGGUGGGCUCCACUCAGCCGGAGCGCCCGCAGCAGGUGCUUUGACGCGAGCCUCCCCCCCGCGCCGCCGUCCCCCCCGGAGAGCGCCCCCUGCCGCCCGGAUCCCCGCGCUCCUCCUCCUCCCGCCCACUGCUGCAUGAGCGGCUGCCACAACUGCGUGUGGAUCGAGCACGCCGAGCAGCUGCUGGCCUUCUACAGCGACGACGGCGGCAGCGAGCGAGCGCUGGCCGCCGUCGAGGAGAACGUGCUGGACGACAACCUCAAGGCCUUCUUGAAGAUGGAGAUCCGACUCCUCAAAAAGACGUGAGCGCAGGCAGAACUUUCCGGCACGGAGACGGUUUUGGAUUUUGAGUCUGCGAGCAAGGCGGAUGUCGUCGGCACGCGGCGACGAGACGCCCGACGGCUCGUCAUCAAGUCUGGUCGCGAGGCGCCUCGACUCGUAAAGCUGGCGUGCGCGCGCGGUACUAUUGAUUGCAUCUGUCUCGUCAAUUAAACGGUGCCACAUCCAA